AUGCAUGCUGAAGAACGUAAUGCACGUCAGUCAAGAAGAGCAGUUGGCCGCCUCAUGUACCAUUAUGGUCAAUAUGAAUUCACAACAAAUUCAAUCAUGCUGUUAGAUCGACAUCAUGAUCAACAUCGACGUCAAGAAGAAGAUGGAGAAGAUGGUGGUCUUGAACUACCUCCUGCUCGCUACUCAUAUACAAAGCGAAGGAGACCGAAAUUAAAGUUGUCGAAAAAAAGCCGACUUAUGGAUGGAUACAAAGAUGACGAGGAGGUAAAGACCGCUGAUGAAUGGAAUGAUGACAUAGGUGAUGAUGAAGGUGAUGUUUAUGAGGAUGCUGGUGAGAAAAGGUAA